AUGGAUCUUACGAAGAAACGUAAGACCGACGAGAACGGCGGAGCAUAUCCUGUUCCAGCGGAUUUCAGUAACGCCGCUGUCGCUGCGCAGCCAUCGUCGGUUGGCAUCUUGUCGCAUGAGGACGCGGAGAAAAUCCUUGAACCGUUCACGAAGGAGCAGAUCCUUCCUAUCCUGCGGGCCGCGGUUCUUCGUCACCCCGAUGUGUUGGAGGCGGUGCGCACGGUUGCCGACGCCGAUCCUCUCCAGCGUAAGCUCUUCGUUCGGGGUCUCGGGUGGGAAACCACUACCGAGAAACUCCGUCAGGUGUUUUCUUCGUUUGGGGAACUCGAUGAAGCCAAUACUAUUGUGAUUACUGAUAAGAGUACUGGAAAAUCUAAGGGUUAUGGAUUUGUGACGUUUAAGCACAUUGACGCUGCGAUUUUAGCCCUAAAGGAGCCGAACAAGAAGAUUGACGGACGUAUAACGGUGACUCAGCUUGCCGCCGCUGGAAACUCAGGUAAUACUCACUCUACUGAUGUGGCGAUGAGGAAGAUUUAUGUUGGUAAUAUUCCAUUUGAAAUUUCUUCCGAGAGGCUGUUGUCCUACUUUUCAAUGUACGGUGAAAUUGAGGAAGGUCCGCUAGGGUUUGAUAAGCAGAGUGGGAAAGCAAAGGGUUUUGCAUUUUUUGUUUAUAAAACAGAGGAAGGGGCAAGGGCUUCAUUGAUUGAUCCUAUGAAGAUUAUCGAUGGACAUCAGGUGAUUUGUAAGUUAGCUACAGAUAACAAGAGACAGAAGCCAUCUGGACCCCCUGGUGGAAUGGCUCCUGGUAUGCCAAAUUCCGGGCCAAUGGGAAUGGGGGCUUCAAACUAUGGAUCGGGGGGUUACAUGGGAUAUGGGCCAGGACCAAAUAUGCCUCAACCUCCACAGCAGGCGGGCAAGGGUAUGGUGGAGGAUAUGGAAGCGCUGCACCAAUGUAUGAUGGUGUAG